GAUACGCGGUAACUGCGCCGUGAUCACUUAGUUAGCCAACGGCAACAGCAACGACAACGACACACAAAAUGAGCCAGCUGGAGGAGAAUUUACCCAAGCAAUUGGAGGUGACCCUUGCGAUCGCUGAGUCCAACAAACAGGAUGAUUCAUCGACAGCAGCUGGCGAACAAAAUUCAAAUCCAAAUCAGCCUGCAGACUUUGAGACGGCAAUUGAUACGGCUGGAUUUGGACUGUUUAAUAUAUUGCUGCUCUUGGUGGCAAUUCCAGCGGCGAUGGGCACCGUGUAUGAGACUUCAACGAUGUCGUAUAUUCUGCCCAGUGCCGAGUGUGAUCUGCAUUUGAGUCUGCUGGACAAGGGAGUGCUGAAUGCCAUCACGUAUGCGGGCAUGAUCUCAUCGGCCGUCUUUUGGGGCUAUUUGGCCGACACAAAGGGUCGACGCAAGCUGCUCAUCUAUGGCUAUUUGGCCGAUACGAUUUGUGUGCUAGGCGGUGCGCUCAGCCAAAACGUUGUCCAACUGAUGGUGUUCAAGUAUUUAGGCGGUUUCACCAUGAGCGGACCCUUUGCCGUGCUAAUGACCUAUUUGACAGAGCUGCAUGGUCGCAAAUAUCGUCAACGCGUUAUUAUGUCGGUGGGCAUUAUGUUCUCCAUGGCAACGCUCAGUUUGCCCGGCUUAGCCAUGGGCAUUUUGCCCCAACCCUGGGACAUUGACAUCUGGGGACUGUCAGUGCAUUCAUGGCAGAUUUUCGUGGCAAUCACGGCGCUGCCCAGCAUCUUGAGCUUCGUGCUGUUCCCCUUCUUUCCCGAGAGCCCCAAGUUUCUGAUGUCUCGCGGCCGCAACGCCGAGGCGCUGGAAGCGUUCCGUUUCAUCUAUGCACUGAAUACGCGACAGCCGCGCAGUGCAUUUCCCAUCAAGGAGCUGGCAAGCGAAGUGGCUGCCAAGUCAACGCCGCCCACGGACAGCAAUUUGAAGUUACCCGAGCAGCAGCAGCAGCAGCAACAGCAGAAGGAAUCUGAUGUGGAGCAGGCAGCUGGCAAAGCAAAGAGCUCGUUGCGUUCGGGUCUGGUGCAGUUGCGUCCGUUGUUCGUCAAGCCGUAUUUGGGUCUGUCCCUUUGGGUCUAUUUGCUUAACUUUUGCGUACUUUUGGGUCAGAAUACGAUGCGUCUUUGGCUGCCGCAACUGUUUGCCUCCAUCAACGAGUACCAGAAGAUGAUGACUCAGACUGCGGACUCCGAAACAAGCAUUUGCAACAUCAUUGAGUAUAGCGUGAAUCGCACACAACGCCAGGUGGCCGCCUCUUUGCUGGAUGAUCCGGAUCAUGAGUGCACGGUGAAUGUGAGUCCGUCCAGUUAUACCAACAAUUUAAUUGUUGCCGCUGCCGGUUUGGUGGCUUAUAUGCUCGCCGGUUUUCUGGUCAAUCUCGUUGGCUUCAAGCGCAUCAUGUCUAUGGCCCUCUUUAUCGCCGGCUCCUGUGCCAUUGGCAUGUAUUGGUCAAGCUCAGCGGCCACCACAGUGGCACUUGCCUCCAUCUUUGUGACAAUGGGCAGCAUUUCGGCAACGUCUGUGAUCAGCGCCUCGCUCAGCAUGUUUCCCACUGCUCUGCGCACCAUGAUUGUAUCGCUUAGCAUGAUGGUGGGUCGCAUGGGCUCGUUGCUGGGCAACAUUUUCUUUCCAGCUCUCAUGAGCUUGGGCUGUGUGCCGCCUUUUCUCAUGAUCAGCUUCUUCAUGUACUUUGCCUGUUUGUUGGCCUCAUUUUUGCCCAUGAAGAACAAGGCUGUGCUUAAGUAGUAGCAAACAAUUUCCAUAUUCAUCAGCAUUAAUCCCGAUCAAUUUCUCUCACCUCUUUGCUGUUAGAUUUACCUAU